AUGGUCGUAGGAGCGAUUCUGAGCAUUGGCCGAUUACUGAUCGGUAUUCAAGCAGGAGCCUCUCUGUGUCUUCUUCCUCUGUACAUUAUUGAAAUCAGUCCUUUGGAACAUCGUCCUUUUCUUAGCACGUUUCAACAAGUUUCGCAGGCAUUGGGAACACUUCUUGGACUACUCAUUGGUUCCGAAGAAAUCCUACAUCUUGGAUCAUCUCGGCCAUUGAGGAAAUCGCUAAAAGGCUUCCUUGUGGGUGUAGCUGCAUCAGCGUCAUACGCCUUCACUGCAGACGAUCUCAUUGACACAUUUUCUGCAAAAAUGUUGACGGUUCAUUAUGAUUUGUGGCAAGUGGAUCGAUUUGGACGUCGACAUCUACUGCUAUUCGGUUUGUUUGGUUCAUCUGCGGCAAUGUGCUUGCCGGCAUUUUUUCCCGAGCAAAAGUUGCUAGUUAGCCUAGGAUUUACUCUUACGAAAGCCUUUAUUGGGCUCGGAGCUGGAGCACCACCAUGGUUUCUCACAUCGGAACUAGUAGGUAAAAAGUACGAUUAG